CACGGAAAUGCGGUGUAGCGUUCAGUUUCUCCAGAAAUAAGAAAUGUUUCUUUUUGCCACAGACUGCUAAAUUACAUCUAGCUCCAGUUAUAAAAGUGACUGUCAGUAGCUUAAUGUAAGAGUUUAUAUUUCCAUUCAAGUGUUAAAGAAAAUUAACGGAUGUAACGAGUUUGGAACAUAUGUAAUCCACCAUGGAACCCACAGCCUCUGGAAUGUUCUGUAACAGAAUGCUCAGCAUGGUCAACUCUGAGGAUGUCAACGCCAUCGUCCAAGCCCAGAGGCACAUGCUGGACCGCUUUGAGAAGACCAAUGAGAUGCUGAUCAACUUCAAUGGACUUUCCAACGUGCGGCUUCAGCAGAUGAACGACCACUUCCUGCUUCACACGCGCACCCUGGUGGAGAUGAAGAAGGACUUGGACAGCAUCUUUAGGAGAAUCAGGGCUUUAAAGGGCAAGAUCGCCAAGCAGUACCCAGAGGCCUUCAGCAACGUCCACGAGUCGCCUAUCAUGGAGGACGACGAGUUUGAUCCCAUCCCUGCCAGGGUCGCCAUGACAAUCACCACCGCCAUGUCGGGGCAGAGCACCGAGUCAUGUGACACGAGCCCCGACGUCAUUUCCCGGACUGUAAGCCGGUGUUCCGAAGACUUCUCCCAGGAGCAGGCCGACACACCCACCUCUGACAAAGACCUGCCUAGCCCUGAAACGGACGUGCUGAGGGACGAGGGCCCGGACUCAGUGCCUGCAGAGUAAGGCUUAGGACUAAAGCUCUACUCAGUGCCUGCAGAGUAGGGCCUCCGUAACCCAGGCCUAGAGCUCUACUCAGUGCCUGUAGAUUAGAUAGAAGCAGCAGGAGGUCAAUGUGAUUGAUUGGCUUCAGAGUUUUGACCAGUUAUCUGGUAAGUCGGGUCUUAAUCAGUAGCUGAUUUGAUGUUCAGGAUAUAACCCAGCACACUGACUGCCGUUCGCCUGUAACCACCAAGACUGUGUUAGAAGAGUACACCUUACACAAGAUCCCUUUUGUAGACAUGCUUGCUCCAUGCUUGUCCAGCACUCGCCACUAACAAUGAAGAAGAUAAUUGCAUUUUUGUGUGUGUUGUUGUGAAGAACCGAAUCCUUUAUUACUGACACAGGAGGACUGCACCCAGCUAGUCAUUAUUUGUUUGUGUGCACAGGAGUCUCUUUUAUCAUUAAUAAUUGUUUAGCUUGGAAAUAUUCACUCCUUUAAAGAGGUAGUGAGCUUUGUUGGUCAUGGGUAAGCCUAUUGGAAGCCAGCUAAUCGCAAUGGUACGGCCUGCCAAAAUAUGGUUAAGUUUUUUAGUAACACACCUCGGUGUUAUUUACCCUAUUAAAACUAGAGCCUGACCGAAAUGGUUAUUUGGGUCCGAUUUCUGGGGGGACAAAACUUACCGAUACAGAUAUAUCUGCCGAUAUACUGUUUUACAGCAGGGAAAAUAAAGUUUCAUUUUCCACA